CAGAGACGGACUGGGCUGGUAAAACAGAGCCAGUGAAAGGUCUGCUCUGUAUCCAAGGAGUGUGAAGCACGUAGAGCCAUGUUGUCCACCUAUCGUUAUAAAUUAACCCCAUUCAUUGUGCUGCUAGUAUGCCGGGAUCAUUAUUGACAUGAUGUUGGGGUUGGUUUUCAGUCCCUGAAAAGGAUGUGAGAAGGAACACUGUGUAACGGCCCAGGGAUCAACAGAACAUGAAUCCAUUUAAAAGGGCUUUAAAUGGGUCAUUUAAAAUUGAUUCUCAUGUCAGCAGAAAACUCAACCGUCACAGUUCGUCUUGUUCGCUCUUUUGAGCACCGGAAUUUCAGGCCUGUGGUUUAUCAUGGAGUUAACUUGGAUCAGACAGUGAAGCAGUUCAUUGCUUUUGUGCAGAAGGAUGUCCCUUCAAGAACAGGACUUCCUCCUCCUUUUAAAACUUACAAGUACGAAGGCCACCUCCUAUCUAUCGCCAUGAAGGAUCCACUUCCAAAAAAAGGAAAAGAAAAAAAACCUGGGAACACAAUUGACUGGAACGAAAUUGAGAUGAAACAACAAAAGCAAUUGAAAGGAUGCAGCUAUGAUGAGAAGAAGCUGCAGUUUUUGAACUGCAAGAUCAAGGUUUUGAGGAAUGGUCUGAAGCCAUCAGGUUACUGUCUUCAUCACUUGCUUCUUGUCCACUUAGCUGUAGUAGCUGACAGCACAUUAAUGCUGUUUGUCCUGCCCCAGUUGUAUGUGUAAAACCUGUUUGGUUAGAACACCCCAACUGACAUUUCAACAUAUGUAAUUUCACUGCUUGUUAGGAUGGUUACUUAGUUAUUAAAAUUCAGGCAGUAGGCAGAAGCCCCUCAAAUUGUUGCGCCUUAACACUAGAAUGACUGGAUUAUGACUGGCUGCAAGAUUGGGAAAGCAAAAGGUUUUCUCUUUCAGACUGAAUACGUGCAAUUGUUAAUAAUAAAGAAAUUUUCAAUCUUG